AUGCGAUGGAUAUCCCUGUCUCCAAGGGUAUACGACCUAGUGAAGGCCACUGAUAGACUCUCUGCAUGCCAAUACGAGCUCCGUUUGACAUAUGAAAACUUCAAUUGUUCAGCGAAAGAGGAACCUAUCAACUGUGCUCGCGAAGCUCCUCUGCGCAUCUUAAGUUUUGAUAUAGAAACGGAUGUCUACAUCGAUCCUUCAGGAAAGGAUGAAUUCCCCACACCGAACGCACAAUCUAUCAUUCAAAUUUCUGGCAUGCUCAAGUACCAAAGGGACAGUGAACCUUUCUACAGGAACGUACUGACUUUAAAAUCAUGCAACGCAAUCGAAGGGACGGAUGUUGAAUCUUUUGAAGAAGAAUCAGACUUAAUCAAGAGAUGGUUGAAGUUUAUACACGACGCAGACCCGGACAUCAUCGUUGGAUACAACUCCUGUGGAUUUGACAUCCCAUAUAUCCUUCUUCGUGCAAAGCGCCUCAGUAUUCCUUGCGGAAUCAACUUCGAAAUCUCGAAUCCGAUCUUUCGACCGGGACCAGGUGCUUUCAGUUCUGCGCCGGUUAUUCCGGGUCGCCUGCAAGUUGACCUUUACGAUUUUGUUUUUCUGGAGCAUGGACAUCCUUCUGCCAAAGAAAAGGCUGAGUUACGGGCGGUCGGCAUCAGGAGGAAGCUCUUAGGCCUGGAAGCAUCCUCAUUCCGAUUUUUGAAACAGAGGAAAGAAGACAUUGAUUUCAGGAACAUCCCAAAACUACAAGCUGGCACGGGAGAGGAUCGAAAGAAGCUCGCAAUUUACUGCCUUAAAGUGAAGUGA